AUGGCUAAAUCUAAGAACCAUACCGCUCACAACCAAACCAAGAAGGCUCACAAAAACGGUAUUAAGAAGCCAAAGACCUACAGAUAUCCAUCUUUGAAGGGUGUUGAUCCAAAAUUCAAGAGAAACCACAAGCAUGCUUUGCACGGUACCGCUAAGGCCCUUGCUGCCAAGCGUGCUGAAGCCAAAUAA